GCUCCGGCCUGCGGGCCGGCCUGGCUCCGGCUCAGCCUGCUCCGCUCAGCCUGCGGCAGCUCACUGGGCUCCGCACGGGCCUCGGGCCAAUCAGCGCGCGGCGCCAGGCCUGCGUUCCCCGCCCGGCCCGGCCGAGCCCGGCCCUGCACCCGGCCCGCGUCCCCCGCGUCCCCCGAGUACCCCGGCCGCGCAGGGCCGGGCGAGGAGGGGCCGGGCCGCGGGGGAUCCUGGACUCGGCGGGAGGUGGGGAUUCUGGGAGGAAGGCUCCAUUUCCUCCUUCCCCGCCGGCCUCGCCCCGCCACCGCGCACCCCAAAUUUCGACGUGUCGCUUCCAAGGUGCUGGCGCCGCGGCCGCGCGAGGCCCGGCGGGGAGGAUGCUGGGCAUGUACGUGCCGGACAGGUUCUCCCUGAAGUCCUCCCGCGUGCAGGACGGCAUGGGGCUCUACACGGCCCGCAGAGUGAGCAAGGGUGAGAAGUUUGGACCCUUUGCUGGGGAGAAGAGGAUGCCGGAAGACCUGGACGAGAACAUGGACUGCAGACUGAUGUGGGAGGUCCGGGGGAGUAAGGGAGAAGUGCUGUACAUCUUGGAUGCCACCAACCCGCGACAUUCCAACUGGCUUCGCUUCGUGCACGAGGCGCCUUCGCAGGAGCAGAAGAACUUGGCAGCCAUCCAGGAAGGAGAGAACAUCUUCUACUUGGCGGUAGAAGAUAUAGAGACGGACACGGAGCUUCUGAUUGGCUACUUAGACAGCGACCUGGAGGCUGACGAUGAGGAGCAGCCGAUGGUGACCGUGAUCAGAGAAGGGGCAGGGGAGGACUCCAAAGGCCAGUCAACAGCUGGCAGGAAAGAUUCCCUUGGCUGCCCAGAGGACUUUGCCUGCCCGCAGUGUGAGUCCGGCUUCCCCAGUGCGGAGAUUCUUGCUGAGCACCUGCAGACACUGCACCAGAGGCCCACAGAGGAGAAGGAAUUCAAGUGCAAGAAGUGUGGGAAGAAAUUCCCAGUCAAGCAGGCCUUGCAGAGACACUCCGAGCAGCACCAGGAGACGGGCCGUGGCGACGCCAGGUUUGUGUGCAGGGCCAACAGCUGCGGGAAGAGGCUGAAGAGCAAAGACGCCCUGAGAAGACACCAGGAGAACGUCCAUGCUGGAGAUCCUAAGAAAAAGCUUGUGUGUUCGGUGUGCAAUAAAAAGUGUUCUUCUGCGUCCAGCCUGCGGGAACACAGGAAGGUCCACGAGGUUUUUGACUGUCAGGAAUGUGUGAAGAAGUUUGUCUCAGCGAAUCAGCUGAAGCGCCAUCUCAUCACCCACUCAGAAAGACGACCCUAUCAUUGCGAGAUUUGCAACAAGUCUUUCAAGAGGCUUGAUCAGGUGGGCGCCCACAAAGUUAUUCACAGUGAAGACAAGCCCUACAAGUGCAAGCUCUGUGGAAAGGGGUUCGCGCACAGGAACGUCUACAAGAAUCACAAGAAGACCCACUCCGAGGAGAGGCCCUUCCAGUGUGAGGAGUGCAAAGCUUUGUUCCGGACACCCUUUUCCUUGCAGAGACACUUGCUGAUACACAACAGUGAGAGGACUUUCAAGUGUCAUCACUGUGAGGCCACCUUUAAAAGGAAGGACACGUUGAAUGUCCAUGUCCAGGUGGUCCACGAAAGGCACAAGAAGUACAGUUGCGAGCUGUGCAACAAGGCCUUCGUCACGCCGUCAGUGCUCAGAAGCCACAAGAAGACACACACGGGAGAGAAGGAGAAGGUCUGCCCCUAUUGUGGCCAGAAGUUUGCCAGCAGCGGGACACUGAGGGUUCACAUCCGGAGCCACACAGGUGAGCGUCCCUAUCAGUGUCCUUACUGUGAAAAAGGAUUCAGUAAGAACGAUGGACUGAAGAUGCACAUCCGGACGCACACCAGGGAGAAGCCCUACGAGUGCUCGGACUGCAGCAAGGCCUUCAGCCAGAAGCGGGGCCUGGAGGAGCACCGGAGGACGCACACCGGGGAGAAGCCUUUCCAGUGCGACGUUUGUGACUUGGCUUUUAGCUUGAAGAAGAUGCUGAUCCGACACAAGAUGACUCAUAAUCCCAAUCGUCCACUGGCAGAGUGCCAGUUCUGCCACAAGAAGUUCACACGGAACGACUACCUCAAGGUGCACACGGACCACGUCCACGGAGUGGCCGACAGCUAGGCAACUGUGCAGGGAGGCCCUCCAGGAGGCAGCGGGGGCCCCAGCCUUGUCCCCAGGCAGCGUGGCAGAGGCAGCCAGAAGUAGCUUGUGCUCUCGGAGCUCUGAUUCGCUGGCCUUCGGAGUUUGUAGGUGCAUAUGCAAAAUAAAUAAAAAGUCUUAUUUUUUCCAAGAAAUGGUACUGAUGGAGAGGGAAGAAAUCUCUGUAGCCUGCAGAGUACUGCCUGUGCUCUGUCUUACCUGCAAAGAGGAGUCAGGGCAUUCUUGACUCUUUCCAUAAGGAAGAUUAUGAACACACUUCCAACUGUUAGUCCUUUUUACUUUGUUGGUGUUUGUGUGUGUGCAUUCAUGCAUGCACACUGGCAGUACUGGGUAGUGCACUGGGGUUACUAGUUUAGACAGAAUCAAGGUUCCCCGUUCUUUCUUUGCAGACAGGAGGAGGACCAGGUGUUUUCCAAGUCUCCAGAAUGAUGGCAGAUAGAUACUUGUUCUUUUAAGAAACAGAACAAGAGUCUAUCUUAUUUAACAGCUUCACACAGCAAAUGAGUUUGAAAUAAAGAGCAAUUUGAUAACUAAAGCCUCUAUUAAAACAUCACUCAUUUUAGAAAAUUCUCAGGUGACAUUUCCACUCAUCAUUCAGGCACAGAAAUUCAUGGUCUGAAUAAUUUUAUAAUAAUAUUUUUGCAAAAGUAGCCAUAAACUUUAAAUAUUGAUCAGACUGCCCCUCCUGAACUUACACUGGUUGUCUUUAGAGGUUAGCAACAUAUGAGUCCACAUAACAGAAGCAGGCAGGGCUGGGCUCUGCAGUGAGGUGGCCUGCAGCUGGUGGUGGUGCACAACCCUCUCCCUCUCACCCUGAGCACAGCACAGACGCCUGCAGGCCCAGCAGUCCUCAGCACAGAUUCACUUUGCAAAAGACAUUUUCCAGAUUUCUGCAAGCAGGUGACUCUGAAACACUUUUAAGUCAUCUUCUAUCACUUACAUAAUUAGGAGUCCAGAAUAAAAAGUGCUGGCCUAGCAGGUGUUAUGACCGGGUUGUGGCUGAUGUGUGCGGGAAAUCCAGCAGAAGCGCGGCGGCUCCCGCCAAGCUACCCCAGGCAAACACUGGACGCAGUGAGUCUGAACAGCUCACCUAGGAGAUGGCAUGGGGCAGCCUUACGGUGACGCCGGAGUAACCUGGAGGAACCCCUGACCCGAGGAAACCGAGAUGAGGCCCACACCAGGAGCAUCUCGUUGGACCACUGUAAAGAGAGGAGGUGCGGUUUAUUUUAAGGGCGUUACACAGUUGUGAUGGGUUCAGGCUGUCAGCAGGCACAGGUCUGAACUUUGGGAAUCUGUCUAGAAUUAUCUUCAUGCCAUUUCAGUUUUAAAAAGAAACAAAAAUUCAAUACAGACAUUUAAAAACUGUAAAAUAUUAAAUGUGAAAUUCAUCAGUGAUAGCUUUUAAAAACAUGAAUCUUUGGAUUAUAAUUUAGAAUACAUUUAAUUAUGGUUAUAUGGAGUACUUUAAUCCAAAAUUACAGACUGUAUUUUGUAAAAAUAAACCUGCCCUGUUUCUCGCUCUGCCCUUCAUCUCCCU